AUGAGGGAUCUUCGGGCGUUGGGGGGUCUUCGGGCGUUGGUGGGUCUACGGGGGAUGAGGGAUCUUCGGGCGUUGGGGGGUCUACGGGGGAUGAGGGAUCUUCGGGCGUUGGAGGGCGUUGGUGGGUCUUCGGGCGUUGGUGGGUCUACGGGGGAUGAGGGAUCUUCGGGCGUUGGGGGGUCUACGGGGGAUGAGGGAUCUUCGGGCGUUGGGGGGUCUACGGGGGAUGAGGGAUCUUCGGGCGUUGGUGGGUCUACGGGGGAUGAGGGAUCUUCGGGCGUUGGGGGGUCUACGGGGGAUGAGGGAUCUUCGGGCGUUGGGGGGUCUACGGGGGAUGAGGGAUCUUCAGGCGUUGGGGGUUCUUCGGGCGUUGGUGGGUCUUCGGGCGUUGGUGGGUCUACGGGGGAUGAGGGAUCUUCGGGCGUUGGGGGGUCUACGGGGGAUGAGGGAUCUUCGGGCGUUGGGGGGUCUACGGGGGAUGAGGGAUCUUCGGGCGUUGGGGGGUCUUCGGGCGUUGGUGGGUCUACGGGGGAUGAGGGGUCUUCGGGCGCUGGUGGGUCUUCGGGCGUUGGUGGGUCUACGGGGGAUGAGGGAUCUUCGGGCGUUGGUGGGUCUACAGGGGAUGAGGGGUCUUCGGGCGUCGGUGGGUCUACGGGGGAUGAGGGAUCUUCGGGCGUUGGGGGGUCUUCGGGCGCUGGUGGGUCUUCGGGCGUUGGUGGGUCUACGGGGGAUGAGGGAUCUUCGGGCGUUGGUGGGUCUACAGGGGAUGAGGGGUCUUCGGGCGUCGGGGGGUCUUCGGGCGUUGGUGGGUCUUCGGGCGUUGGGGGGUCUUCGGGCGUAGGUGGGUCUUCGGGCGUUGGUGGGUCUUCGGGCGUUGGUGGGUCUUCGGGCGUAGGUGGGUCUUCGGGCGUUGGUGGGUCUUCAGGCGUUGGUGGGUCUACGGGGGAUGAGGGAUCUUCGGGCGUUGGGGGGUCUUCGGGCGUUGGUGGGUCUUCGGGCGUUGGUGGGUCUACGGGGGAUGAGGGAUCUUCGGGCGUUGGGGGGUCUUCGGGGGUAGGUGGUUCUUCGGGCGUUGGUGGGUCUUCGGGCGUUGGUGGGUCUACGGGGGAUGAGGGAUCUUCAGGCGUUGGGGGGUCUUCGGGCGUUGGCGGGUCUUCGGGCGUUGGUGGGUCUACGGGGGAUGAGGGAUCUUCGGGCGUUGGGGGGUCUUCGGGCGUUGGUGGGUCUACGGGGGAUGAGGGAUCUUCGGGCGUUGGGGGGUCUACGGGGGAUGAGGGAUCUUCGGGCGCUGGAGGGUCUUCGGGCGUUGGUGGGUCUUCUGGCGUUGGUGGGUCUUCGGGCGUUGGUGGGUCUACGGGGGAUGAGGGAUCUUCGGGCGUUGGGGGGUCUACGGGGGAUGAGGGGUCUUCGGGCGGUGGUGGGUCUUCGGGUGUUGGUGGGUCUACGGGGGAUGAGGGAUCUUCGGGCGUUGGGGGGUCUUCGGGGGUAGGUGGGUCUUCGGGCGUUGGUGGGUCUUCGGGCGUUGGUGGGUCUACGGGGGAUGAGGGAUCUUCGGGCGUUGGGGGGUCUUCGGGCGUUGGUGGGUCUAUGGGGGAUGAGGGAUCUUCGGGCGUUGGGGGGUCUACGGGGGAUGAGGGAUCUUCGGGCGUUGGGGGGUCUUCGGGCGUUGGUGGGUCUACGGGGGAUGAGGGAUCUUCGGGCGUUGGUGGGUCUACGGGGGAUGAGGGAUCUUCGGGCGCUGGGGGGUCUUCGGGCGUUGGUGGGUCUUCGGGCGUUGGGGGGUCUUCGGCCGUUGGUGGGUCUACGGGGGAUGAGGGAUCUUCGGGCGUUGGUGGGUCUUCGGGCGUUGGUGGGUCUACGGGGGAUGAGGGAUCUUCGGGCGUUGGGGGGUCUUCGGGCAUUGGUGGGUCUACGGGGGAUGAGGGCUCUUCGGGCGUUGGGGGGUCUUCGGGCGUUGGUGGGUCUUCGGGCGUUGGUGGGUCUACGGGGGAUGAGGGAUCUUCGGGCGUUGGGGGGUCUACGGGCGUUGGUGGGUCUACGGGGGAUGAGGGAUCUUCGGGCGUUGGGGGGUCUUCGGGCAUUGGUGGGUCUACGGGGGAUGAGGGAUCUUCGGGCGUUGGGGGGUCUUCGGGCGUUGGUGGGUCUUCGGGCGUUGGUGGGUCUACGGGGGAUGAGGGAUCUUCGGGCGUUGGGGGGUCUACGGGGGAUGAGGGAUCUUCGGGCGUUGGGGGGUCUUCGGGCGUUGGUGGGUCUACGGGGGAUGAGGGAUCUUCGGGCGUUGUGGGGUCUACGGGGGAUGAGGGAUCUUCGGGCGCUGGGGGGUCUUCGGGCGUUGGUGGGUCUUCGGGUGUUGGUGGGUCUACGGGGGAUGAGGGAUCUUCGGGCGUUGGGGGGUCUUCGGGGGUAGGUGGGUCUUCGGGCGUUGGUGGGUCUAUGGGGGAUGAGGGAUCUUCGGGCGUUGGGGGGUCUUCAGGCGUUGGUGGGUCUUCGGGCGUUGGUGGGUCUACGGGGGAUGAGGGAUCUUCGGGUGUUGGGGGGUCUACGGGGGAUGAGGGAUCUUCGGGCGUUGGGGGGUCUAUGGGGGAUGAGGGAUCUUCGGGCGUUGGGGGGUCUUCGGGCGUUGGUGGGUCUACGGGGGAUGAGGGAUCUUCGGGCGUUGGGGGGUCUACGGGGGAUGAGGGAUCUUCGGGCGCUGGGGGGUCUUCGGGCGUUGGUGGGUCUACGGGGGAUGAGGGAUCUUCGGGCGUUGGGGGGUCUUCGGGGGUAGGUGGGUCUUCGGGCGUUGGUGGGUCUACGGGGGAUGAGGGAUCUUCGGGCGUUGGGGGGUCUUCAGGCGUUGGUGGGUCUUCGGGCGUUGGUGGGUCUACGGGGGAUGAGGGAUCUUCGGGCGUUGGGGGGUCUACGGGGGAUGAGGGAUCUUCGGGCGUUGGGGGGUCUACGGGGGAUGAGGGAUCUUCGGGCGUUGGGGGGUCUACGGGGGAUGAGGGAUCUUCGGGCGUUGGGGGUUCUUCGGGCGUUGGUGGGUCUUCGGGCGUUGGUGGGUCUACGGGGGAUGAGGGAUCUUCGGGCGUUGGGGGGUCUACGGGGGAUGAGGGAUCUUCGGGCGUUGGGGGGUCUACGGGGGAUGAGGGAUCUUCGGGCGUUGGGGCGUCUUCGGGCGUUGGUGGGUCUACGGGGGAUGAGGGAUCUUCGGGCGUUGGGGGGUCUUCGGGCGCUGGUGGGUCUUCGGGCGUUGGGGGGUCUUCGGGCGUAGGUGGGUCUUCGGGCGUUGGGGGGUCUUCAGGCGUUGGUGGGUCUACGGGGGAUGAGGGAUCUUCGGGCGUUGGGGGGUCUUCGGGCGUUGGUGGGUCUUCGGGCGUUGGUGGGUCUACGGGGGAUGAGGGAUCUUCGGGCGUUGGGGGGUCUUCGGGCGUUGGUGGGUCUUCGGGCGUUGGUGGGUCUACGGGGGAUGAGGGAUCUUCGGGCGUUGGAGGGUCUUCAGGGGUAGGUGGGUCUUCGGGCGUUGGUGGGUCUUCGGGCGUUGGUGGGUCUACGGGGGAUGAGGGAUCUUCGGGCGUUGGGGGGUCUACGGGGGAUGAGGGAUCUUCGGGCGUUGGGGGGUCUUCGGGCGUUGGUGGGUCUUCGGGCGUUGGUGGGUCUUCGGGCGUUGGUGGGUCUACGGGGGAUGAGGGAUCUUCGGGCGUUGGGGGGUCUUCGGGCGUUGGUGGGUCUUCGGGCGUUGGUGGGUCUACGGGGGAUGAGGGAUCUUCGGGCGUUGGAGGGUCUUCAGGGGUAGGUGGGUCUUCGGGCGUUGGUGGGUCUUCGGGCGUUGGUGGGUCUACGGGGGAUGAGGGAUCUUCGGGCGUUGGGGGGUCUACGGGGGAUGAGGGAUCUUCGGGCGUUGGGGGGUCUUCGGGCGUUGGUGGGUCUUCGGGCGUUGGUGGGUCUACGGGGGAUGAGGGAUCUUCGGGCGUUGGAGGGUCUUCGGGGGUAGGUGGGUCUUCGGGCGUUGGUGGGUCUUCGGGCGUUGGGGGGUCUUCGGGCGUUGGUGGGUCUACUGGGGAUGAGGGAUCUUCGGGCGUUGGGGGGUCUACGGGGGAUGAGGGAUCUUCGGGCAGUGGGGGGUCUUCGGGCGUUGGGGGGUCUUCGGGUGUAGGUGGGUCUUCGGGCGUUGGUGGGUCUACGGGGGAUGAGGGAUCUUCGGGCGUUGGGGGGUCUUCGGGCGUUGGUGGGUCUUCGGCCGUUGGUGGGUCUACGGGGGAUGAGGGAUCUUCGGGCGUUGGGGGGUCUACGGGGGAUGAGGGAUCUUCGGGCGUUGGUGGGUCUACGGGGGAUGAGGAAUCUUCGGGCGUUGGGGGGUCUACGGGGGAUGAGGGAUCUUCGGGCGUUGGGGGGUCUACGGGGGAUGAGGGAUCUUCGGGCGUUGGGGGGUCUACGGGGGAUGAGGGAUCUUCGGGCGUUGGGGGUUCUUCGGGCGUUGGUGGGUCUUCGGGCGUUGGUGGGUCUACGGGGGAUGAGGGAUCUUCGGGUGUUGGGGGGUCUACGGGGGAUGAGGGAUCUUCGGGCGUUGGGGGGUCUAUGGGGGAUGAGGGAUCUUCGGGCGUUGGGGGGUCUUCGGGCGUUGGUGGGUCUACGGGGGAUGAGGGAUCUUCGGGCGUUGGGGGGUCUACGGGGGAUGAGGGAUCUUCGGGCGCUGGGGGGUCUUCGGGCGUUGGUGGGUCUACGGGGGAUGAGGGAUCUUCGGGCGUUGGGGGGUCUUCGGGGGUAGGUGGGUCUUCGGGCGUUGGUGGGUCUACGGGGGAUGAGGGAUCUUCGGGCGUUGGGGGGUCUUCAGGCGUUGGUGGGUCUUCGGGCGUUGGUGGGUCUACGGGGGAUGAGGGAUCUUCGGGCGUUGGGGGGUCUACGGGGGAUGAGGGAUCUUCGGGCGUUGGGGGGUCUACGGGGGAUGAGGGAUCUUCGGGCGUUGGGGGGUCUACGGGGGAUGAGGGAUCUUCGGGCGUUGGGGGUUCUUCGGGCGUUGGUGGGUCUUCGGGCGUUGGUGGGUCUACGGGGGAUGAGGGAUCUUCGGGCGUUGGGGGGUCUACGGGGGAUGAGGGAUCUUCGGGCGUUGGGGGGUCUACGGGGGAUGAGGGAUCUUCGGGCGUUGGGGCGUCUUCGGGCGUUGGUGGGUCUACGGGGGAUGAGGGAUCUUCGGGCGUUGGGGGGUCUUCGGGCGCUGGUGGGUCUUCGGGCGUUGGGGGGUCUUCGGGCGUAGGUGGGUCUUCGGGCGUUGGGGGGUCUUCAGGCGUUGGUGGGUCUACGGGGGAUGAGGGAUCUUCGGGCGUUGGGGGGUCUUCGGGCGUUGGUGGGUCUUCGGGCGUUGGUGGGUCUACGGGGGAUGAGGGAUCUUCGGGCGUUGGGGGGUCUUCGGGCGUUGGUGGGUCUUCGGGCGUUGGUGGGUCUACGGGGGAUGAGGGAUCUUCGGGCGUUGGAGGGUCUUCAGGGGUAGGUGGGUCUUCGGGCGUUGGUGGGUCUUCGGGCGUUGGUGGGUCUACGGGGGAUGAGGGAUCUUCGGGCGUUGGGGGGUCUACGGGGGAUGAGGGAUCUUCGGGCGUUGGGGGGUCUUCGGGCGUUGGUGGGUCUUCGGGCGUUGGUGGGUCUUCGGGCGUUGGUGGGUCUACGGGGGAUGAGGGAUCUUCGGGCGUUGGGGGGUCUUCGGGCGUUGGUGGGUCUUCGGGCGUUGGUGGGUCUACGGGGGAUGAGGGAUCUUCGGGCGUUGGAGGGUCUUCAGGGGUAGGUGGGUCUUCGGGCGUUGGUGGGUCUUCGGGCGUUGGUGGGUCUACGGGGGAUGAGGGAUCUUCGGGCGUUGGGGGGUCUACGGGGGAUGAGGGAUCUUCGGGCGUUGGGGGGUCUUCGGGCGUUGGUGGGUCUUCGGGCGUUGGUGGGUCUACGGGGGAUGAGGGAUCUUCGGGCGUUGGAGGGUCUUCGGGGGUAGGUGGGUCUUCGGGCGUUGGUGGGUCUUCGGGCGUUGGGGGGUCUUCGGGCGUUGGUGGGUCUACUGGGGAUGAGGGAUCUUCGGGCGUUGGGGGGUCUACGGGGGAUGAGGGAUCUUCGGGCAGUGGGGGGUCUUCGGGCGUUGGGGGGUCUUCGGGUGUAGGUGGGUCUUCGGGCGUUGGUGGGUCUACGGGGGAUGAGGGAUCUUCGGGCGUUGGGGGGUCUUCGGGCGUUGGUGGGUCUUCGGCCGUUGGUGGGUCUACGGGGGAUGAGGGAUCUUCGGGCGUUGGGGGGUCUACGGGGGAUGAGGGAUCUUCGGGCGUUGGUGGGUCUACGGGGGAUGAGGAAUCUUCGGGCGUUGGGGGGUCUACGGGGGAUGAGGGAUCUUCGGGCGUUGGGGGGUCUACGGGGGAUGAGGGAUCUUCGGGCGUUGGGGGGUCUACGGGGGAUGAGGGAUCUUCGGGCGUUGGGGGUUCUUCGGGCGUUGGUGGGUCUUCGGGCGUUGGUGGGUCUACGGGGGAUGAGGGAUCUUCGGGCGUUGGGGGGUCUACGGGGGAUGAGGGAUCUUCGGGCGUUGGGGGGUCUACGGGGGAUGAGGGAUCUUCGGGCGUUGGUGGGUCUUCGGGGGAUGAGGGAUCUUCGGGCGUUGGGGGGUGGGUCUUCGGGCGUUGGGGGGUCUUCAGGCGUUGGUGGGUCUACGGGGGAUGA